UGGAUUAGCCAAAAUGGUAUAUGUUUGAGGCUGCCAUUUCAAAUUAGCCCAUCCAACUUCCCGCCUACGAAGACUCGUAAGUUUCUCUGCCAUAGAGAGAUGAUCUGGAUCUGGGGUUCCAUCAGAUCAACAUUCAGUAUUAGUCUCUGCAUAUACAUCACCCGCAGUGCUACCGGCAAGAAGGUAAGUUUCGCGCUCGAUGUUAUACUGGAGAACCAACGACCCCUCGAUGACAUAGAGAAAGGCUUUAGUUGCCUACGAACGGCAAGCGAACUGCUUCUAACUAAAACUCGCCUGUUUGCAUCUCAUGAGAUCAUUCAAAGAAAGGUGCUUCAAAAUGUUAACCAAAACCUCCACCGGGAGAGCCGUAAUAAUGAGUCACGAGGUCCUCUGGCAUUCUUGCAAGUUGAUUGAAUUCAUUACGUAAGGUUGUCCAAAGAAAGCAUGGAAAAGCCUGCAUAGGUCUUGAGCCCAAGCUCCGAAUUCCAUACUGGGGUGAAGGACUAAUUCAUCUUGUGGUCGCGGUCUGCUCUGCUCGGGUACAUAGCACCGGGUGCCCACUGGUGGCAUGAACACAAGUCGUCUUGACUGCAUGGGACUGUGUCGCCGGCUGCUGUUGCCAAUGCGCAGCACUCUUCUUGUGUGCAAAACAAUCUUGCUCUCGAUCUCGAGCUGGUAUUGCUUCCUUGGGCUGUGGGGUUGGGAACCCGGAAGUACGUCUCCAUCUUAAUAGCAUGCAUCAGUUGGCCCGG